CUUCAUCUGCAAUCGUUGACUUGUAAGACGACUUCUACCCUCCGUUGAUUAACUUCAAGUAAACGAUCACAGCCGUGAAUUUCAUUCGUCGUAAGCAGAAAGGCAGACACUGAUCUCUCUCCUUCAAGUAGCCUAGAGAGCGACAGAGAAAUUGAAUAUCAGUGGCAGCCUCAUCUCUCAUCAGCUAGAAACCGAAGAGCUGCGAAGAAAUUAAGCAUGUCGGGAGUCACCACCAAUCAAGAGGAGGACAAGAAACCCGCCGAUCAAUCGGCUCAUAUCAAUCUCAAGGUCAAAGGACAGGACGGUAAUGAAGUUUUCUUCAGGAUUAAGAGAAGCACACAAUUGAAAAAACUUAUGAAUGCAUACUGUGAUAGACAGUCGGUGGAGAUGAAUUCUAUUGCAUUUCUUUUUGAUGGCCGUCGUCUUCGUGGAGAGCAGACUCCAGAUGAGUUGGAAAUGGAGGAUGGAGAUGAGAUAGAUGCAAUGCUGCACCAAACAGGUGGUGCAAUUGCCUGAUGCCUGGGUUUGAUGUGUUAUUAAUGUAUUAGGGAUAAAAUAUUUGUAUCAUGACUUAGGGUCUCUGGAUAACAAUGGCUAGAGUUAUCAAUUUCUCUGGCAGUCCAUCCUUUCUGGACAUAGUUUGCUGUAUAGCUUGGAGUUUGGCUCGCUUGCUUUAAAAUUGUCUGUUUGAGGCAUUUGAAUGUGCUAUUCCAAGUAUUUGUUUACAAAGUUAAAUCGUUGCUUUA